AUGCACUUCUCUACCUCUCUAGCCAUCUUGGCUCUGUUGGAGUUGGCCGCGGCGGCAACAUGCCCCGCGACAGGACCCCCAGUAUACCCUAGGGCUACGGAGAAUAAUACCGCCUUCAUCCCCUUCAUCAACAAGUUUCCUGACAUCAACACCACGCCCUCACUUACAUUUACGGUCAUGACCAAAGACUUGGAGACACUUAAAAUGAAGCCGGUGACCAUCAAGUCUGCCGGCAUGGACACCGGUUCCACCGGCGUCAUGAUCGGUGCCGGCGUUCUCGGUUUCGACGCGAAAACACAGUUCGACAAAUCCAAGCCCGGAAACGAAUAUCUGUCUUCCAGUGGUAGACUGUGGCAAGGCUACUGGGUCGAUGCAAACCUCACUUUCCCCGCAAUGGUGGAUGAACGCACGAUUGGCGAAGAUGUCGUUGCCUCCGUUCCUAUCCUGAUCGUCACCGAAGCCAGUAUCUGCCGCGCAUGGAAGACCCAGGGCUCCUGCACGGAAGCGCAGAAGUCCAACAUCACAAUGUACCCCAAGGAUAUCCACUACAUGGGUGUCGGCUUCGGUAGAUGGAGCAGCGAGCAGCCCGAUGCCCUGCCUGAUAAGGUGUCUCUGAUCAACAUUGCGUCUAUCGGCGGUCGACCUGUGAAGAGUACGAUUCACCAGGGCUACGUUCUGGGCAAAGAUGGCGUCGAGGUUGGUCUCACGAGCGAGAACACCGAAGGAUUCUGCAAGACGCAGCUCGACGUCCGAUCCGGAUCCAACUCCACCAUCGACUGGAACAUGGUGAACAUGGCCAUCAAAGUUAACGACUCGCCCUACGACCAUGGCCCAGCUCUUUUCGACACUGGUAUUCCCCAGGCGUUCCUUCGGGUUAACAAAGACGUCAGAUCGCACUUCAAGAAUGUCACAUCCAAGGCUAUCAAGACACACCCUCAGGUUGCUGCCAAGGGAACCGUUGUGGUGGUUCACAUUCCCAACGAAAAGAAUCCUAUUGCGACUUACAACGUUACUGCCCAGGGUGCGGGUAAGCCCAAUCCAGCGACAAUGCAGCCCUUGGGAUUCGUACUGGAGGAUCCACCUGUGGCACCCAACGUGCCUUUCAUCAACACUGGCAGGAUGUUCUAUAACGGCUUCGACGCCCUCUUCGAUUCCGCUUGUGGCUGGUUUGGAUUGGCGGAGCUCGAAGAGACUAGCGCAAAGAGGGUCAAGAGGGCUACUUGCCCGUCCUAA